CACCACCUACCCAGAAAUCAUCACUCCAUCUUCGACGGUUGUUUAGGCUCGUUCUUUCUUUUCCCCUCCUAGUCUUCCCCCUCUUCCACUAUGGACUCUCAGGAAUUCCAACACCUGUUCAAUAAUCCUCCCGAUUAUACCUUCCCCGAUGAACGUCUUAACUGGGUCAUGCGAGACUCAUCCAAGACUCCAAUGGUGCUCGUUGCUUGCGGUUCCUUCAGUCCAGUCACCUAUCUUCACCUCCGAAUGUUCGAAAUGGCCAAGGAUUAUGCCAGGCAAAACACUGACUUUGAGAUUGUUGGAGGAUAUCUCAGUGCAGUCAGUGACAUGUACAAGAAACCUGGAUUGCUGAGUGCCGAGCAUCGGGUCGCAAUGUGCAGGCUCGCGGCAGAAGAUACCUGGCUCAUGGUCGAUCCUUGGGAAGCAUUCCAGUCCUAUCAGCGCACUGCCGUUGUGCUCGAUCAUUUCGAUUACGAACUCAACACGGUACGAGGUGGUGUCAAGACAGCAGAGGGCGAGCAGCGGAAUGUUCGUAUCAUUCUUCUCGCUGGAUCUGACCUUAUCAGCACGAUGAGUGAACCGGGUGUGUGGUUGUACAAAGAUUUGGACCACAUACUUGGACGCUAUGGGUGCUUCAUCAUUGAGCGGGCUGGGACUGACGUCGAACAAGCCACGGAUAGCCUUGCUCGUUGGAGGAAUAAUAUCUACAUCAUAUCUCAGCUUAUCCAAAACGAUGUUUCAAGCACCAAAGUGCGAUUAUUCUUGCGGCGAGGCCUCUCUGUGCGAUAUCUUCUUCCCACACCGGUCGUCAAUUACAUUGAGCGAAAUGGCCUGUAUCUCGAUGAAGCCACCGCUGCCGAAAAGGAGAAAGAGCGCGAACAAAUAGCCGCCAACAAUUCGAAGAAAGCGAUCCGUACAUAACUAUCGACACACUACAUCACAUAGAGAGCACGAUCGUUUUACUAUACAGACUAUGACUUAUUUAUCGCCGACAUUGAUAUGUAUGUAAAGGGAUUCGUAUUAGACAAUGUAAGUAAUUGCGGCGCGUCGGUAGCUGAAUGAUCUAUGUAUCCAUAGUUCCGAGUUCGCACUUGAAGAUUAUCUUUUUCGUACCGGACCG